AUGGAAGCGAAGGAUGCUGAGGUACCACCUCUGAUCACGGUAAUAAACGAUGAGAAUGAUAUGGAAAGCCUAAAGGAAAUGAGCCACAAGUGCCUGGUGAUCGUCGACUUCUUCGCAACCUGGUGUGGUCCUUGCAAAUCCGUGAAAGUCGCCUACGAGAAACUCGCCGAACAUGAAACCAGUGUCAAGUUCGCGAAGCUUGACAUCGAUGUUUAUGAGGACGCUCCAUCUGAUUAUUCGAUCGUCGCUAUGCCCACAUUCAUGGCGUUUAAAAACGGAGAAAUGGUUGAUUCUGUCGUUGGCCCACACAUCGAACAGGUCAAGCAAAUGGUGGCCCGUCUGAAAUGA